GCAAAUGGAGAAAGAAAAAGUGAGUAAGGGGACCGCCUCCAGCUCUACGCACCUGUUCAGCGAGCUGGAGUCAAAAAUGGGGAAGCACGGAGGCCACCGGCGACAAGAGCCGGGGGUACUAGGAACCCCGAGCGCGGCACUGAGGGCGGAGACCGAGGGGGGGCGGGCCAAAGCGGCCUCCGCUCCUCCCCUGGCCGGGGCGGCCCCGAGACCGCGACCCACCUCUCCCGCGUCAUCUUCGUCACGGCGCCACCGGACAGCCAUGCCGGGCCGCCUGCUGUGGGGCUUGUGGCAGCGAUGGCGCCGUUACAGGUACCGCUUCGUACCGUGGAUCGCGCUGAACCUAAGCCACAACCCGAGGACCCUCCGAUACGUUCCAGAGGAAUCCAAAGACAAAGUUAUCUCAGAUGAAGAUGUCCUAGGAACAUUACUGAAAGUUUUCCAGGCUCUAUUCAUAAAUGAUUUCAAUAAACAAUCAGAUAUCUUGACUAUGCUUCCUGAACCUGUUAAAUCAAAAUAUCAAGACCUACUGUCAGUUCAACAUCCAAGGGUGAAACUGCUUGAAUACAGACAUCAUCAGCAAAAUAUCCUUAAACCAGAAGAAGUUCUCUAUAAAACAUUGGGUUUCAGUAUUGCCCGAGCAACUAGCUCAUUAAUGUCUGCUGGAAAAGGUGUCUUCGUUACUAAAGGAUUGGUACCAAAAGGCGUGGUUGUAUCUAUGUAUCCUGGUACAGUAUAUCAGAAAUAUGAGCCAAUCUUUUUCCAGUCCAUUGGAAAUCCAUUUAUUUUUAGAUGCUUGGAUGGGGUACUCAUUGAUGGAAAUGACAAAGGAAUAUCAAAGAUCGUGUACAGAUCUUGCAAUGGGAGGGAUCGACUUGGCCCACUAAAAAUGAGUGAUAGUACAUGGCUAACAUCCGAAAUUCAAAAUCCACUGGCUAUAGGACAGUAUGUCAACAAUUGUUCAAAUGACAGACCAGCUAAUGUCUGUUAUCAGGAAUUUGAUGUGCCUGCGGUUUUCCCAAUAGAAUUGAAGCAAUAUCUUCCAAACAUUGCCUACAGCUAUGAUAAACAAAGUACACUUCGAUGUGUCAUUCUUGUUGCACUCAGGGACAUCAAACAAGGAGAAGAGCUUUUUUCAAACUAUUAUACAAUUGUCAGAUAGCUAUGAAUUAGAAAUUAGGUUUUCUACUCAGCUAUUGAGUUAAUUCUAAAUGUUUUUUUGUUAAUUAUUUCUGAGUUCCACCUGUAGAAGAAAUAUUUUGAGACCUACUUGGAGUGGGAAUUUUUUGUUUUUAUUGCCACGAUAUUUGUGUUUCAAUUCCAUGACAAAAGUUAUUUGCUGCAUUACAAUUUCAAAUGUGUAAUGAAUUAAUUUUAUUUGGCUUUCACUUAAAUACACAGUAGCUUAUUAAAUUAAAACCUGCCUGAACUUACAAUUUCAAUGUUUUAUUUUAUGUAUCUCUGUGGUGGUUUAUAAAAUUUUAGCUAAGUCAUCAGCAAUUCUUGAAGUGUUGAUAUGUAUGAACUUCUACCAAAGCUCUAUUUUUAUAGAAUAAACUAAAGCCAAAAAUA